CCCCGUGGCCGUGGCCGUGGGAGGAGCUGCCACUUCCCCGGGGUAAAAAUGGAUCGGGAGACUCCGCGCCCCCCACCCGUAUAAAUACACAGACCCACUACCAGCAACCGCAAGCCAAGCCCGACGGCUUUCCGGCGGUUUUUGCGGCGGCCGAGUGCUCAUCCGUGGGCGGUUUCCGGCGGAUUUUGUGCUCUCCUCUCCUGGUUCUCCUCGGCCACCUACCUCGGCAAGCAUUUCCUUGCCCACAACUGCCCUGCUAGUCUUCCACCUCGCGCCCCGCUCGACUUAAGAACGAGACUCUGGUCCCUGGCAGAGCCUGGAUCGAGGCGAAUGCGCUGGGAGCGGCGGCGGCCAUUGUAGUUGGAGCAGCGGUCCCGGCUCGAUCCGGCCGUCCGAGGACGUUGCUUUCCGGUGAGCUUUUGGCCCGUCGCUGAUUAUUCUUUAAAGCUACACAACAAAAGCUUGCGCGGCAGUUGCCGUCUUUUCCAUGGUUGGUCCUUGGUCAUGGCCUGCCUGCUCCACAGGUGCUCCGUCCGUCCGUCCGCCCGAGGGGAUGCUGCGCAACAGAUCGAGGAGAGCGGUUGGUGCCGGAGGCGGGGGCGGAGGAGGUCUGAUGCCUCAACCUGAGCCCCUCGCCGCCGCCGCUGCUCAGUCUUCUUCUACUUCCCCGAGGCCGUACAUGGCGCUGCCGCAGGCCGGGUUCCUGGACGGCGCGGAGCAGGGGCCGUCCUCCUCCAUGAGCCCCACCUCCAUUCUCGAGACCAAGCAGUUCUGCUGCUCCGCCCUGCCGCCCUUCCUCUCGGAGAGAAGCCUCAGGAAGGCGCACAUGGAGAUGGCUGCUCCGGAGCCGGCAAGCGUCGGCCUCGCCGACGUGCUCCGGGAGCACGGCGACGCCAAGGCCGGCGGCCGCAAGGUGGUGUUCGGCUCGCAGCUCAGGAUCCAGGUCCCGUCCGGCAGGGCCGCAGAGCUGGUGUCCUCCCCGAUAGAGUUCGGCGUCAAGAACCGGGACGCCGUGCUGUCCCCGGCCAGGAGGUUCCUGCCGGAGGUCGUGAGCUCGCCCACCGCCCGGGUGUUCGCCGCCGGCGUCGCCCCCGGGGAAGCGGCCAUGUCGGAGGACUACACGUGCGUCAUCUCCCGCGGCCCCAACCCGAGGACCAGGCACAUCUUCGACGACUGCAUAGUCGAGAGCUGCGGGGAUGCGCUCGUCGACAAGGCGGACAGCGGACCGGGCGGCGACGCCGUGCCGGCGAGCGGUUCCUUGAGCUCUUGCCAUGCAUGCCGCAGGCAACUUGCAGGGCAUGCCAAUGAUACCUUCAUCCAUCGGGGUGGCAGAGCAUUCUGCAGCGACGAGUGCCGGUACCAGGAAAUGAUCUUCGACGAGGCGGUGGACAACCUGCGCUAGCUAGCUAAACGGGCGAGGGACGGUGUGUUUCACAAGAGAAUUUCAUUUCAGUGGAGGAGAAGGCAUGCAUGAUGGCCCUGAAUAACCGAGAUGGGAAUUAUUAUUUUCCAUUUUUAGUUUCUUCUCGACUUUGCAAGACGUGCUGGAUGAUGAUUUUUGGUCAUGGAGAACAGAAUGAUUUUUGGUCUUUUGCCGCGGAUUAAAAGACCUUUGCCCUCUGAAUCACUGAAAGAUGUUCGACGUUCUAGUUAAACGAAAUGAAAUUCGAUGCCAGUGUUCUAUCC